GAAAAAGAGUUCAGAGUGAGAGAUUUCUGUCUGAUGGAUGUUGCUGCUUGAUGCCAGCCGUUAGAGUCCCAUUGGACGAGGAAACAACAGGUUGGGAUCAACCAGGCAACAAAACCGUCGGGGGCUUAAAUAAACUCAGCAGGCGGAGAAGAAGUGUGAUGUUAUUAUAAAACCACCACCCAUCGGUGACAGCAGCAUGUUUGUCUGCCACAUAAACCACCGUUUGUUCUUCCUCAACUAUGCGUAAUUUGAAGAUGCCUGUGGAGUUUGUGCGUAAAAGUGCGCGUUUCUCCGUGGCGCACCACGCUCGUUUCCUGUGCUGUCCUCAUCUUCAUCGGAUCUAGAGCUGAGCAGCAGCAGUUCAGCCCUCAAACCGGCUGAAUAAUGGCUGUGUUUGGUCCCACCCGGAGGAGCUCCAAUCCGCGUUUUGCCGGGUUAAUAUGCGGCUUUUUGCUCGUUUUCGUCGUUUUCGUCUUUGCUGCCUCCGCGAGUCGUGAUGCUGUUGCGGGAAACAACGAGACGUUGAGAAAUGACUCCCAUCACCAAACUAACUCCACCGCUCACAAAAAGGCUUUCCCCGUCCUGUCCUUCAACUACGACCACGUCCGGAAGCCCUUUGAGAUUUCUCUGUGGAUCCUCCUGGCCCUCCUCAUGAAACUUGGUUUUCACAUUAUUCCCACAGUGUCCAACGUCGUCCCAGAGAGUUGUCUGCUGAUAUUCGUCGGUUUGCUGGUGGGCGGCUUCAUCAAAGCCAUCGGAGAAGAAGCCCCCAUCCUCGACUCCAAGCUCUUCUUCCUCUACCUGCUGCCUCCCAUCAUCCUCGAUGCCGGCUACUUCCUGCCCAUCCGGGCCUUCACGGAGAACAUGGGCACCAUCCUGGUGUUCGCCGUGGUGGGGACCCUGUGGAACGCCUUCUUCAUUGGUGGGACGAUGUACGGCGUGUGUCAGAUUAGAGGAGCCGAGCUGGCCAGCGUCGACCUGUUGUCCUGCCUGCUGUUCGGCUCCAUCAUCUCGGCUGUAGACCCCGUGGCCGUCCUGGCCGUGUUCGAGGAGAUCCAUAUCAACGAGCUGCUGCACAUCCUCGUGUUCGGGGAGUCGCUUCUCAACGACGCCGUCACUGUGGUUCUGUAUCACCUGUUCGAGGAGUUUUCCCACGCAGGGACAGUGACUUUGGUCGAUGCCCUCCUCGGUGUGGUCUGUUUCUUCGUGGUUUCACUGGGAGGCAUCCUGGUGGGAGCCAUUUACGGCCUCCUGGGUGCCUUUACUUCCCGUUUCACCUCUCACACCCGAGUCAUUGAGCCCCUGUUCGUCUUCCUCUACAGCUACAUGGCUUACCUCUCUGCUGAGGUCUUCCAUCUGUCAGGGAUCAUGUCGUUAAUAGCUUGUGGCGUGAUGAUGCGGCCUUAUGUAGAAGCCAACAUCUCCCACAAGUCGUACACCACCGUCAAAUAUUUCCUGAAGAUGUGGAGCAGUGUGAGCGAGACACUCAUCUUCAUCUUCCUCGGUGUUUCCACGGUGGCCGGGCCUCACGCCUGGAAUUGGACCUUCGUCAUUUCCACCGUGAUCCUCUGUCUGGUAUCGAGAGUGCUGGGAGUCCUUGGCCUCACAUACAUAAUCAAUAAAUUCCGUAUUGUGAAGUUGACCCCGAAGGACCAGUUCAUCGUGGCCUACGGUGGCCUGCGAGGUGCCAUAGCCUUCUCACUGGGCUUCCUGCUGACCAACAGUAAGAUGAAGUACAUGUUCCUCACCGCCAUCAUCACAGUCAUCUUCUUUACCGUCUAUGUGCAGGGAAUGACAAUCAGGCCUCUGGUGGAGCUUCUGGCAGUGAAGAGGAAGAAGGAGAACAAGGGAUCAAUAAAUGAGGAGAUUCACACACAGUUCCUGGAUCAUCUCCUCACAGGAAUUGAAUGCAUCUGUGGUCAUUACGGACAUCAUCACUGGAAAGACAAGCUGAACCGCUUCAAUAAGACCUACGUGAAGAAGUGGCUGAUCGCAGGUGAACGCUCCACCGAGCCUCAGCUCAUCUCCUUCUACAACAAGAUGGAGAUGAAACAGGCCAUGAUGCUGGUGGAGAGCGGGAACGCCGCCAAGCUGCCCACGAUUGUGUCAUCCGUCUCAAUGCAAAACAUUCAGCCAAGAGGGCCGGCGAGACGACGGGCAAUCCCGAGCAUCUCGAAAAGUCGUGAGGAAGAGAUCAGGAAGAUUCUGCGAGGCAACCUGCAGAAGACCAGACAAAGGCUUCGUUCCUACAGCAGACAUGACCUGUUGAUCGACCCGUUUGAGGACAACGUGAGUGAAGUUCGCUUCAGGAGGCAGAGGGUGGAGAUGGAGAGGAGGAUGAGUCACUACCUCACCGUUCCUGCAAACCGUCAGGAAACAACGCCAGUAAGAAAAGUCUGUUUUGAACCAGAACACCAGGUUUACACUUACGAUGACAGUGAGAGCCCCAGAGGCCCGACAGUUCAGCCAAAUCCCAUCCCUCCUGAUGCCGUCAGCCUGUUGAGCGAAUCGCCCCAGAGGCCCAAUCAGAGCGGCGCACAGAGAACCAAAGUACCAGACGAGCAGGAGGAGCAAGACCAACUGAAACUUUCACGCUGCCUUAGUGACCCCGGUCCAAACAAGGAGGAGGAGGGAGACGGCUCCUUCCGCUCCUAAUGAAGCACAUAUUAUUCACAUUGGAAGCAGAGGAUGAUCUCCUCAUCUGGUCUGUUGCGUUUAAUGAGCGGAGAUCCCUGAAUGAAUUGGAGUCGUAGCAAAGCUUGGUAUUUAUUCAUUUAAGUAUUAUUCUUUUUUAUGUUUUUGUGAUAUGAGAUUAUGCAAAUUUCUUUUUUCAGCAUUUUUUUUCCAUAAAUUCAAAAGGAGCUUUAUCGUGUAACACAUUGCCAAAGCAUGCACCUCUGACCAUUCGCUAUUUCAGGAUUGUAUUACAGCCUGAAGUGAGCCUAGUGUCAGCAUUGUGUCUUAACUAGCAGACUUGCCUCAAAUAGUAAAAACAAAAACAACAAAGCACUUGAUUUAAGCUUGAAGCACCAGAUGGUCGGAGUUAAAGCCAACAUUAGCCUAUCACUGAUAUAUCAGUAUCGGCUGAUGAGCAACAGGAAACUGCUGUGCAGAAAUACCAAAGAUCGUGAUAUAGAUAGUGUCCCCAACGCAAAGUUUGUCUUCCAGAGAGCUCAGACCAGUUUAUUUUUAGCCAUGCUAGUGGUGGUCUCACUCACAGUCCCCAGAGGAUGUAUCUUAAAGGUCCAGUGUGUAACUUUUAGGAGGAUCUAUUGGCAGACAUAGAAUGUAAGUUUUCAUUCGUGGAUAAUCACCUGAAAAAGGGUAAGGUUACGUUAGAAUGAGCUGCUUUUAUCUACAGAUGCCGCAUGUUGAACCUCCAUGUUUCUACAGUAGCCCAGAAUGGACAAACCAAAUACUGGCAGUAGAUAGCUUUUAGGGUUUUUCGUGCAUUUCGCAGCCACCGUAGUUUCUCCUUUUGCGCUUGAAAGAGGAGGGUGACGUGAGGGAAUUGCAAUCUGCAACUCCACUGCUAGUUGCCACUGAAUCCUACACACAGGACCUUUUUAAGGACUUUGAUGAUCCGCUGACUUUACUUCAAGCGCUAACAUGAGGUCAAAUACUGUAUCUCAACAACUAUUAAAUAAAUUGCCAAAUUUAGUACACGCAUUAAUUAUUUUUUUGCCUGUUAUGAUGAAUUUUGAAAUUUAUUAAGAUGAAAUGAAUGAAAAGAUUUAUGACCUGGUAUUCCCAUCAGCCUCUGCUGUACUUUGUGUUUAGUGCCAAUUAGCAAAUGUUAGCAUGAAAACACCCUGAACUAAGACAGUGAUGGUUAGUGUUAGUGGACUGAUGGACUUCACGAACUGCUGUGCCUAUAAACAGCCUCACAGAGCCGCUAGCAUGGCUGUAGAGAUAAAGGCAGCUGUGUUUUUAUUUGUUCCGAACGGCGUCACUAGGAGGAUGAAAAGCUGGCCGUCCUACAGAAGGGGGAGACCCGAUAGUUUAAAUAACGGCACACAUUUUCAGACAGUCUCACCUUAAAGACAUUUGUAGUGUUUCACUUGGUUGUUUACAUGAAAGGUGAUAAAAAAUGGUUUGUCACCUCUUCACAACUGGUGAAUCACAGGGUGAAAUGUGUGUGAGCGUCGGUUUCGGAAAGUUACAGAAGUCAGGUGACAUCUGGCGAGGGGGUUUCCGAAGUUAUCUGAACGUCUGACAAACACUCCUGAAGAAGUAUACUGGUGCCUUUGGCCUUUUUAAAUGUAAAUGUUGAAUAUCAGUAUCGGAAUCUGCCUCAAAAAUAUCAAUCGGACUAUAUCAUUAACUAUAUCAAAUUACAAGAGGGUAUAACUAGAACAUGUUUUGCACAGCUAAAAGUGUCCUGGUGAAAUAGAAAGCACAAAUCUGGUGAUCCAAGAAGGUUAAAAUAUCGUAAAAAGUCAAGAAAAAAAAUGCAAAUUUAGUUUGACCGUGGUCUGUGAACAAGCUUAGCACUAUAUUUAACAUUGCUGCAUGACUGAUCCAUGUUUUCUCAGGGACUGCAACAUGGCACAGUAUUAAGAGAUGCCCUCUGCAGAAAGAAAAUGAGUGUUUCUGUCCACAAUGUGCUCUACGUGUGCUCUAUUUAUGGUGUUUGGAAGUGCUUCAGAGCUUCAGUAACAUUCCAGCAGUAAUCGAGUUUGUUGACGUGUUUUUGUGACAGAUCUCUGCGUGUCUGUGUUACUGGUAACUGAGCAUGCUUUGAGACCUUUUUAUUGGGAGGUUAAACAAGUGAAUCGCCUUUUCAUAUCUGCACUUAACAGCACUGAACUGCCUGAGGGUUUUCUGCCUGCACAUGUUUGCCUUAAAAUGUAUUUGCUUUCUGUGUGUUUGCCAGUUGAAGUAUUUUUAUAUAGAGAUGGAAAAGAAAGUCAUCUUAAAUAUCUGUUAAAAAAAAAAAAAAAA